AUGCCUCGAGCUACACGUGCACGCCGUGUGGCUGCACAGUCUGCCAAACCUCAUGCACGAUCACCUUCACCCGAUACGCAAGACGAACAAGAUAAUCGACCUCAGCAGAAGUACAAGUCACCGGAGAGGGGUCGUAGACGAACAACGCGAGCCUCGGGUGCUCGUGUUAGCACGGCCAACGAGGAAGAUGUUCUUGCUGCGAACCGGCGACGCGACGCAGCUCUUGAUAAGCUGGGCAGGGAGGAUCCUACUUCUACGACAAGUCGCACUGCUGAAGAAGGAGAUUCUGGUAGCUCUGUUGAAGGUGGACGACGAACGGCAGCCACACCAACACACAGAAGAGACACAAGCGGGCUUGAUUUGGCCGACAGCGUUUUUCUCGACCUCGACGAAAGCUUUGGACUUGGUGAUGAUAGUACGCACUUGGGACUUGGCUCAAACAACAAUUCGUCUCUCAGUCUGAGCAACUUUGGGCGCAGAUCGCGUCAGUCCAGCAUCAUUGGGCGAAACGACCCUCCCAUCAGACCUAGCAGCCGCGGUGGUAACACCCCAAGUAUUAGCUCUACACUUCACUUCGGCGCUUUCAAGCGACGAGCCAGAGAGCCAAGUAUUCUAGGAACUGCACGAAAGCCGCAACCAGAAGAAAAUGCAGUAGGACAGGAGCCAGACUCAGAGAGCGAGGAUGACUUUGCGCCUGAAGCUGAAUCCACUCCGGUUAAUAACAGACGGAGAACACAACCUGAAGCCGAACUCGAAAUCGAAGUUCCAGUAUCUCCAGAUGUUUCAGCAGGACCGAAGCAUAGGAAACGAAAGAGUGAGGACGCGCUCCCAAGCAGCGAACGGCCGGAGAAGAUGUCGCGGAUUGAGAGAGAUAUGGAGCUAUCUGAGGAUGAAGCGGGACCUGCGCCGGAGACCAUUGACUCAGAUGCUGAGAGUGACUCCUCACUAUCGGAUCUUGGAUCUCCUUUGGGACCUUCACCUGUCCUCCCCGAACGGCCCGUUACACCGAUCAAUAAUGAUGAGCUCAUGGCCCUACCGGCCAGCAGUGAUUCGGAAGACGCGAAUUGGCCUGAUAUUCAUACCCUGGCCAAGAGACGCCGACGACCCUCUAUCACAACACCAGUUCGUGCCGAUAACUUCUCGGACGUUUCCUCUCCUCCGUCGUUAACACACUCUCCUAAUUAUGCCGAAACACAAAAGCCCCGGGGACGAGCUGCAACCCGACGUCAACAACCUUCACACAAAGUCACAACUGCGGAUCUAACGAGCCUGCUUCCAAAACGGCAUUACAAGAAGCAGCGAGAGCCAGGAAUGGAGAGUGAUGAAGAGCAUGACACAUCUGGCAUUGGCGAGGAUGAGGACGAGCUUUCAUAUGUUGGCAGCCGAGGGGCACGUCAAAGACGAGGUGGGCGAUCAACAAGUCGCGGCGGUGCAAAACGACCAGGUUCGAGGGGUGGGCGCACAACACAGGCUCUGAAGUCCAAACAAACUAGUUCUGGCAAACAGGUAGAGCGCAAUGCACAAACCUACUCACGCCGCUCAUCAGACAAGGAAAACGAAAACGAGGAAGCCAGUGGUGACGAGGAUCAACACGAUAAUAGUCGUUUCCAACCACUCCCUAACGAUACGUUUGAAGAUGGAAGUGCCGAGAAUGCAAGCACGCCAUCUGCAGACGAGCUCAGGCAGGCAGCAAAGAAGUUCAAAGAAGUUGACAGGUGGGAACUUGACUUUGAGGAGGUAACGCAGAGCUCUUCUCCGCUCGCGCGGUGA